GGCCUCAGUUCUUCUCGAUCGCUCUUGGAGGAAGAACAAGUGAAGAAGAACGUGUUUUCGGGAUGAUUUUCUUUUUGGUCUGUUUGGCGGUCGCGCUGCUCAUGGUUUUGAUGCUGUUCAGCAUGGGGAGACCGAGAAAAUAUCCGCCAGGUCCCAAUUUCCUGCCCAUCGUCGGCAAUUACCUCGAGUACAGAAAACUGCUGCAGACCACCGGUUACCACCACCUGGUGUGGACGAAGCUGAGCGAGCGGUACGGCGAGGUGGUCGGUUUGAAGCUGGGCAGGAUGCUGACGGUGGGAGUGUUCGGCGCUGAAGCUAUCAAGGAGGUGUUCACCAGGGAGGACUUCGACGGCAGGCCGGACGGGUUCUUCUUCAGGUUGCGGACCUUCGGCAAAAGAUUGGGUAUCGUCUUCUCCGACGGCCAGCUGUGGAAGAACCAGCGCAAAUUCUCGCUGCAGCACCUGCGCAGCUUCGGCUUCGGACGCAGGGAGAUGGAGGAGAAGAUCCAGGAGGAGACGCGAUCGCUGAUCGAGAUCUUCAAGGGCAGCGCCGGAGAGGCCAUCUUCAUGCACAAAGCCUUCGACAUUUCCGUGCUGAACGCCCUGUGGGCCAUGAUGGCAGGCGAAAGGUUUGACAUCGAGGAUGCCCGGCUGAAGAAGCUACUGCAAAUUAUUCACGACGCUUUCCGCUUGGUAGAUAUAUCAGGAGGUCUGCUGAACCAGAUGCCCUUCUUGAGACACAUCGCUCCAGACGCCAUCGGGUACACUUUGAAUAAGGAGAUCUUGGAGAGAAUGUGGGCCUUCCUUGCGGAAACCAUAUCCGAACACAGGAAGACAGUGACACUAUCACAGCAACCUCGAGACCUCAUAGAUGCAUUUUUGCAAAAAAUGGAUAUUAAGAACGACGACAGCUUCACAGACGAUCAACUGAUGUCUUUGUGCCUUGACCUCUUCAUGGCUGGUGCAGAAACUACCAGUAAUAUGUUGGGGUUUGCCAUUUUGGUUAUGGUUUUAUAUCCGGAAAUCCAGAAAAAAGUACAGAACGAGCUGGAUCUAGAAGUAGGAAGAAAUAGAUGGCCUUGUUUGAGUGAUAGAAUAAGACUGAAAUACACCGAAGCUGUCCUCAUGGAACUACAGCGCAGAGUAACAGUCGCCCCUUUGGGCAUAGCACAUAGAGCAGUAAGAGACACCGAACUUUACGGGUAUAACAUUCCCCGGGACACCAUAAUCCUGACGAAUUUGUACAGCGUCCACAUGGACAAACAUUACUGGAAGGAUCCCAUGGAAUUCCGCCCAGAGAGAUUCUUGAACGAGAAAGGGGACCUGGUGGUUAACGAGAAACAUUACGUGCCGUUUGGUGGAGGAAAGAGGCGUUGCUUGGGAGAGACACUUGGCAAAGCUAAUAUCUUCAUGUUUUUCUCUACCGUUCUCCACAAUUUCCAUGUGGAGAAAGCUGACGACGUUGAACUCAAAUUGGAAGGUUAUGAUGGAGUGACUAUGGCUCCCAAACCGUUCAGAGUUAGAUUGAUAGCGAGAAAAGACUGAAAAAGAUAUUAUUAUUAAUUACCUAUAAUAUACCUAUAUUUAAAGAUACUAUAUUAAUUGUUUAGGU